UUUCUCGCCGGAUCUUCUCAGUGGGUCGCAUUUCCGAUCCAGUGGUAGAUUCUGCGAAGCACUGCUGUUGCUAGGUUUCGUGUUAGCAAUAUCGUCAGGUCUAAGCCCCGUCAGGUGGACAAGGUGGAUGGCGCACUUACGUCGUAGAUGUCUAUGGGCUCCAGUAACCACUUAACACCAGGUGGGCUGUGAGCUUGUCCACCCAUCUAAGCAAUAAAAAAAAAAGGUCACCCAUUAGCUCGGUGACGCUAAUAUGGUCUCUCUAAACCAUCAGCUUAGGUAGGAAAAAAAAAACUUCCCCCGUCUCACCCCCCCACCAGUACUACCAGUAGUACCUCUAUUUUAUAAAUAUUGCGGCUUCGGAAAUGUAAUCACAGAAAGUCGGCUGGUAGAGAAGACUAGGAGAGCACAAUGAGCAAUAGAAACUCACAAUUUACUUCGCAUCAAAUGUCACGUAGUCUACAAACUAGUACGGAGAGAACUGACAAAUAAAGGGAGUAAACGCUCACACGCGGGAGCUUACUGCGCAAUUGGAAAGGGCAAAUUGAAAAAUGAAUGUGCGCGCUGCGUCAAACGAUUGUCUGGAACGUCCAGCAGGAAUCAGGCACUAGGUCGCAGCAGAAAUUAAACUGGCUAUUUAUUUUGUAAAGAACGGAAAGAGGUCGAAGGAGAGAUAAACGGCGCGCGCGCAUUACCGGCGCUUCCGGCGCGCGGUGCGCUCACAGACGCGCAGUCAGUCAGUCGCUGGGCGCGCGCGGACCGGCCAGCAUGCGAGUACAGCUAGUGCCCGCCGCACUGGCGCUGAUGGCGAGCGGCGCCGUGCUGUGGCCGCCGAGCCGCGCCUCGCUGCUGCCGCUCGACGCAGAGCACCUGCACGCCUCCGUCGGCGGGUACGCCGUCAUGAACUGCCAUCUCGACUUCCCCUUCGGACACGAAAUCCCCUAUCGACUCCAGUGGGACAAGGAUGGAGAGACGAUAUUCUCGUGGUACAGCACGGAGGGUAGUGCGCAGACUGCGGACCGGUGGGGCGGGCGCGUGCGUCGCGUGGACGGGGAGGUGCUCGGCCUCGGGCGCGGCUCCAUCAACGUGACGGCCGUGCGCGAGACCGACGCCGGCCUCUACCGCUGUCUCGUCCUCUUCCCCAACCGCACCCCGCCCGCGCGCAACAACGGGACCUACUACCGCCUCGAGGUGGACGGUGGGAACCUGAUAGUCACGCCGCCCAUGAACGUCACGGUGCUGGAGACCGAGCGCGCCGAGCUCGAGUGCCUACCCAAGGACCCGCAGUCGGCGGUCGAGUGGUACAGGCAGGGUGCCCUGCUGAACCAGCUGCCGGAGCUCGCGGCGCGCUCCGAGGUUGCUGCUAACGGCAGUCUCGUGGUGCGCGUCACGACCAGCUCCGAUCCUGGCGAGUACGAGUGUCGUGUGAGCUCUCCCGACGGUCACAUCCAAAGCGCCAGCGCCUUCCUCGAUGUCCACUACAAAGCCAAAGUAGUGUACUCACCGAAGGAACGGCAUUUCCCGUUCGGCAAGCCGGCCAGUCUCGACUGCCACUUCAGUGCCAACCCUCCUUUGACGAACUUGCGCUGGGAAAAAGAUGGAUUUCUGUUCGAUCCCUAUAACGUCCAAGGUGUGUUCUACAGCAGGAAUGGUAGUCUGCUCUUCAACCAAGUGGACGAGACGCACGAGGGCGUGUACUCGUGCACUCCGUACAACGCGCUGGGCACGGAGGGCCCGUCCGCGGGCGUGAGGGUGCGCGUGCAACGACCGCCGGCGUUUGCCGCACGCCCUCUGCCCCUCUACGUGGCGCGCCUCGGGGCCACGCUCUCGCUGCCCUGCAAGGUGGCGGUCUAUCAACACAACGACCCUCCGCUCCUCCGCUGGACUAGAAAAGACGGUAGCUCCCUGCCCGACGGCCGGCACUCGGUGGACGAGGGCAACCUGACCGUGGUGGACGUGGCGGAGGAGGACCGCGGAGUCUACGUGUGCACCGUCAGCAACGAGGCCGCCUCCGUGAGCGUGGAGACCGAACUCCUCGUCGAGAACGUGCCUCCUCGGGCCCCGUACAACCUAACCGCAGCGCCGUCCAACGACUCCAUACAUCUCACCUGGGUGCCCGGCCACAACGGUCUCGACGUCGACUACAACGUGUGGUACCGCGAGCGCACCGUCAGCGAGUGGCGCACCAUGAAGAUACUGACGCGGGGGCUGACCGAGGCGACGCUCGUCGGACUGCGCCCCGCCACCGAGUACGAGCUGCGGGUGCUCUCCCAGGACCUCAUCGGAGACGGGCUCUUCAGCAAACCGAUCUUCGUGCGAACCUUUGGCUCCGAAUUCAACGAAAAGUCCGAGUACGCUCCAGUGGCGGCCGUCACCGAGAGCUCGGGCACAGUACCCCUCGAGGGAGAAGAGUUGGAGGUGUCGGUGCGACUGAUCGACGAGGGGGCGCUGGUCCGCUGGGCGCGCGACGUGGAGGACGACACGGGCUGCACGCUGCGCUGGUACCUCGACCAGGGCGCGCCGCGACUGCUCGCCACGCUGCGCACCCACGAGGACUACGCGCUCGUGCGCGAGGUGGAGGAGGGCGCGCGGUACCGGGCGCGCGUGGAGUGCGCGAGCGGCGCGCGGGGCGGCGCGGGGCUGGCGGUGCCGCAGUACGCGCGGCUGCGGGGCGCGGCGCUGGGCUGCGCGGGCGGCGCCGUGCUGCUGGGGGCGGCGGCGCUGCUGCUGUACGCGUGCCGCCACCGCCUGUGCGCGCGCUGACCGGCCCCCUCGGCUCGCGCUGUGACUAACUUUCCAUACAAAUGUAAAACUUAUAAAAACUAAGUUUACGUAGUGAAUGAUUUGUUUUUUUUUAAUGUGUCAAACAAGUGUGGUAAUUGAAUGUUGAAAAUGUGAUUAUUAAAAUCAAUAAAUUCAGAUAUCGUAUA